AGAAGAACCGGUGUGUUGUGCCUUCGUGUCGGUUGAGCUCUCUUCUGCUACGGCUUUGGCUUGUCCUCUUGGUGCAGCUACGUCCGUCGUACCAGCAGCAAACAUCAAGUCUUUCCUUGGAAGCAGAUCGUUAAAAUGGAGAAGCUAUUCUGUUUAUUAGCUGUGCUAUCUUUGGCUGGCCUUUCUGCAGCCAGUUCGGCUUGCACCAAGCCCGAGGUUUCCGCCCAGUCUUACACCACUCCAGAUGCCACUAUUCUAACCAACAUUGGCUUCGUGGCAGAGUUUACCCUUACGUGCGGCAAUGGAAUCCAAAACCCUCCUCUGUUCGCGGAGCUGGGUGGGAAAACUCAACCCGUGGCUCGUAUCGGCGCAAACAAGUACCAGGUGAGCUGGGUUGAGGAUGUCAAGAAAGCUCGACGAGGAGAUUACACCAUCAACAUUUAUGACGAAGAAAACUAUGCAGCUCUCCGUAAAGCAAUCAGGAACAAUGAAGACAUCUCCACUGUGAAGCCUCUGGCUGCUGUUGUCUUAAACUACCCUGGAGCAUACCAGGGCCCCUGGGUUAACUCUGAAUUCAUGGCCUUUGCUCUAUCCAUUGCUGUAUGGUAUGCCGCCUUCUCUGCCAAAUCUAAACUUUUGGCUUAAGCUCCCUCCUACAUUUGUUGUUUUUCUGUGAAAAAUAACUUGACUGUUUUUUAUAAAUCCAUUAUUUAAUAAAUUUGACUGUUUUCUA